AUGAUAUGGGUACCGAAUCAGUUGGUUGGAGCUCCGUCCGGCACUGACGUGACGAUCGAUUGCCAGACGGAGGCGUAUCCUAAGUCGAUAAACUAUUGGUCGUUUCGCGACUCGAAAACGAUGCUAUUCGCCAACAAGAAGUACGUGACGUCGGACUCCGAGAAAAGGUACCACAUCCACAUGCGACUCACUAUCAGGGACCUGAGCCAAUCGGAUUUCGGCAAUUACAAGUGCAUAUCCAAGAACUCGCUCGGCGAAACCGAGGGCUCCAUCAGACUUUACGAAAUACCAAAACCUUCUUUAGCCCCAAAAAGUGCGUCCGAACUCAACCGGGCGAAUAAAGAAGUUUUGAAGCAACCAAAAGUGUCGGUGGUGCGAAACAUGACUGGCCAGUCUGUCCGGGACAACCGGCAGCAUCAGUCGCGUCCCGUCAGGCCCACCGUUCCUGGGAGACUCGAGGCCUCAGGCAAUUGGGGGCCUAGCAGAUACAGCCGGUCUCAAAUCGUAAUAACCGUGUUUGGUGUGGUCACGUGUCUCACGUCCUCGCAUCACAUACCAUCAUGA